CAAAUAGGAAGUAAAAAGGAAAGAAUAGAAAAAUGGGUUCAAGAAAGAACAGACACCUCAUUGUUUUCGCAACCAUUCUGGUGCUGCUGGAGAUGUGGGCUUGGUGCGAAGCCACAACACGGUGGCACUUAGACGACGACGACGAUGACGAAAUGAUGAAGAGGUACGAGCAGUGGAUAGUUGAAUAUGGACGAGUGUAUGCAAACGAAACGGAGAAAGUAGAGCGGUUCAAUAUAUUCAAAGAAAACGUGAAAUUCAUCGAUUCUUUCAAUUUGGUCGGAAACCAUACUUUUACAGUGGGAAUCAACGAGUUUGCAGAUUUAACCAAUGAAGAAUUUAAAUCUUCAAGAAUGGGAUACAAAAGCCCUCUCUAUAUGGAGACGACGCCUUUUAUGUACGAGAACGUGACCGAUGUCCCUGACACCGUGGACUGGGUAGAAAAGGGUGCAGUAACUCCAGUCAAAAAUCAGCAAAAAUGUGGAUGUUGUUGGGCAUUUGCUGCUGUGGCUGCAAUAGAGGGAAUCACACAGAUAAAAACAGAAAAGUUAGUUUCUCUAUCGGAGCAACAACUCUUAGACUGCGACCUCAUAAGCCUGGGCUGCCAUGGCGGCUGGAUCGGCUCCGGAUUCCUCUACGUCCUCUUAAACAGAGGCAUAACCACCGAAGAGAACUACCCAUACACCAUGAAGAGGGGAUUCUGCAAACGACGCAAGGCAUCCCAAGCGGCGGCUAAAAUCAAGGGGUUUCGCUGGGUUCCCGCAUACAAUGAGGCGGCGCUCACGAAGGCGGUGGCCAACCAGCCGGUGGCCGUGGCCAUCGACGCUAGUGGGUCGGCGUUUCAGUUCUAUAAGGAGGGAAUCUAUGGCAAGGACUGUAAGGCGAAGGUGAACCACGGUGUAACGGCGGUGGGAUACGGGGAGUCCGACGACGGGAAGUUUUGGCUGAUAAAGAACUCGUGGGGAGAUAAAUGGGGAGAGGAGGGAUACGUGAAGUUGAUGAAGGAUACCGGUAAUCGGAAAGGAGCUUGUGGCAUUACCACAAACCCUUCUUUUCCAACUGCAUAGAAUUGAAGAAGAUCUGUUACUUAUCAUAAUUAUAGAUUAUAAUUACUUGUAUUAUUUAUCUAUGUUUGCUUACUUCAAAUUUGAAAUCAAAAUAAUAAAAUAUUUAUACUCGGUA